GGCUUGGAGGAGGAUAAAGCUGAGUUUAGGCUGGAAACUAAAAGACUGAUUGUUUUUUGGUACAACUUGCCCGGUUCCUCUUCACUUCCUUUAGUUUCGCUUCAUGGACAGAUCAACAAACCUGGACAUAGAGGAGCUCAAGAUGACACGAGAACAGUACAUACUAGCGACACAACAAAAUAACCUGCCAAGGGCUGAGAAUGCACAACUUUACCCAGUGGGAAUUUAUGGAUGGCGAAAGAGGUGCUUAUACUUCUUUGUCCUUCUGCUGUUGGUUACCAUGAUAGUUAACUUAGCCGUGACAAUCUGGAUAUUGAAAGUGAUGAACUUCACCGUGGAUGGUAUGGGAAAUCUGAGAGUCACCAAGAAGGGAAUCCGACUUGAAGGUAUAUCUGAGUUUCUACUUCCAUUGUAUGUGAAAGAAAUUCAUUCCCGAAAGGAUAGUCCACUGGUCUUACAGUCUGACAGGAAUGUAACAGUGAAUGCAAGAAAUCACAUGGGGCAGUUAACUGGACAGCUGACAGUAGGAGCUGAUGCUGUGGAAGCUCAGUGUAAAAGAUUUGAAGUGAGAGCAAGUGAAGACGGCAGGGUGCUGUUUUCUGCAGAUGAAGAUGAGAUUACCAUUGGGGCUGAAAAGCUGAAAGUUACAGGCACUGAAGGAGCAGUGUUCGGGCACUCUGUUGAAACACCUCACAUCAGAGCAGAACCUUCCCAAGACCUCAGGCUUGAAUCACCAACCAGGUCCUUGAUAAUGGAAGCUCCCCGGGGCAUCCAGGUGAGUGCUGCAGCUGGAGACUUCAAGGCUGCCUGCAGGAAGGAGCUCCUUUUGCAGUCCACAGAGGGGGAGAUAUUUUUGAAUGCGGAUACAAUCCGGCUGGGAAACCUGCCGACCGGCUCUUUUUCCUCUUCUUCACCCAGCUCCUCCCACUCUCGGCAGACAGUGUAUGAACUGUGUGUCUGCCCCAGCGGCAAACUGUACCUGUCUCCAGCUGGCGCCGGGUCUACUUGUCAGUCCAGUAGCAGCAUCUGCUUGUGGAGCUGAACUGACCGAUUUCUCCUCACACCAGAAUAGCCUUUUGUUCCCGUCCGUCUCCUUCACCGUUCUGCUCCG